UUGAUAUGCAAAUUUAUGCGAUAUCCGCCUGCAAAACAUCAACACGGCCCACUUUGACUUCUCGAGACUGAAACUAAGGCUCGAUUCUACUCAAUCAUGGGAGAAGAGGAAGGAGUCAUCAAACUGUCUCAGGACUUAAACCUGGAUCCAUUCCAGAUCCAGCAGAAUCUGGAUCCAAAUACCUUUGCAGUUGUGGUCCAUGAAAAAUGGGUACGGCACAUUCAGAAAACUGGUAGCAUUCCAUCGUCCUCAGAUGCUAGCAUCCCAAAAUGGUCGUCGACCAGUAGGAGUAUCAUAUUUUCCAAAGCUGUAAAACCAUGGCAGAAGAUAACAGUUUGCAGGAUCACAAAGCCCACCAAUGGGGCCUUAAGUCUACCACCGAUCAAAAUAGAUAUGAAAAUGGGUGAUGAAAACAGUUUCAUGGAAUUCAUGGAGAGAGUGGCUAAACAGAUCUAUCAAACUGAGUGGGAAGAAGCUUAUCACAACACAUCUUCUACGCUUAAUCGAUAUCAUCAUUCAUUAUCAGACCAGGUUGAUUCCACAACAGUAAUUGAUUUAAUCCAGCAGUUGUAUGGAUGUCCAAUUAUCUCCAUCAAUGACAUGUCAGAUUCAGCUUCUAAGACAGCUGGAAAAUCUUCCAAUACUGCACAGUCUCAAGCCAUAGAACAUUCCAACAUGGUGUCUUUGUUCUGCUGCAUAGUCACCAAAGACUGUUUGUACCUUCUUCAGCCUCACCACGAGCACACAGUCCAGGAUGUGACCAUGUUCAGUCCUGCAUCCCUCUCUGGUUCCCAUGGUAAGGUUCUAUUUGUCAUCUUUCAAAUGCUGCAUGCAGUGAGUCACUGUCAUCAAAGAGGCAUGUCAUGUGGGAACGUAUCGCUGUCUGAUUUUACCAUUGAUGAAAAACUCUGGGUGCAAUUCUGUGGACCAAAGUGGAAUGAUGUCUUGAGCUUCGUAGGGAGCAAUCAAAGAACUCAAAGAACUUUGCCCGAAGGUCAACGUGGUGCAAUAGUAAAUGAAACUAAAGUGCAAAGUGACAAAACAGAUAUAAAUCAACCAUGUGCAAUAGGUGGUGGUUUCAAGUGUGUUCCAAAGAUGGAUGCAUUACCAGAAAUUAUGCAGAAAUGGGCCAUGGGGCAGCUCACUAACUAUGAAUAUCUUAUGAUCCUUAAUCGUCUUGCCAAUCGUCAAAUGGGCAACCCCAACCAUCAUCCAAUCAUGCCCUGGGUCAUGGAUUUCACCCAACCCAAUGGCAGCUACAGGGAUUUCUCCAAAUCCAAGUAUAGACUCAACAAAGGAGACAAUCAGUUAGACUUCACCUAUGAGUCUGCAUUACAGAUGCAGGCCUUGAAUGAGGAGCACGGGAGCAACCUUGCUGGUCAGGUCCCUCACCACAUCUCUGAUGUCCUGUCUGAAAUCACCUACUACAUCUACAAGGCACGUUGCACACCAAAGACUCUGCUCCAGACCCAUGUGCGAUCAGUAUGGGUGCCCAAUGAGUAUCCAGCCAGCAUGCAGCGGCUCCAAGGAUGGACACCUGAUGAAUGUAUCCCAGAGUUCUUCUCCGAUGCUUCCAUCUUUAAGUCAAUUCAUGAUGAUCUGCCUGAUCUGGAGGUGCCCACCUGGUGCAAUGGUCCAGAAGACUUUGUACAGAAGCAUAGAGCUGUGUUGGAAAGUCCAUAUGUCUCAGAGAGGCUUCAUCGAUGGAUUGAUCUUACCUUUGGCUGCAAGUUGUCUGGUACAGCGGCAGUAAGAGCUAAGAACGUGGUGCUGUGUGUGGUUGACCAACACACGCUGCCGGCAAACAAUGGAGUGGUGCAGCUCUUCAAUGUGCCCCAUCCCAAACGCUUCUCUCCAUCCCCCUACAUGUCCAUGGAGGGACCGGACAUCGAGAGGUCUCAGAUAGAUGCAGGAUCAUCCAUCAACGUGACCAUCCAGGAGGAAAGUGUUUCAAGGUCAGAUCAGGAUGUGUCUGUAGGAAGUGAAGGAAGCGAUAGCAAAGUCAUCUCUGAUCAGGAUACAAUGGACACUCUCUCUCCUAACACCAAGGAUAACCUCACAACCUCUGCUGAAAGUGAAAGGAGUAGUGAUCUCCAGGAGUCUGAUGCAACUGCAAUACGAGCCAGAUCACAGUCUUUCAACACAGAGGCACAGAAUGUGGCUGGUUCUUACUCAGCAGCAGAGGAUCUACAGCUUAGCAAAAAUCCAAUCAGGAAACUGCCCUUUUUCAGACCCAAGUCUGACAUGCCUCUUGACUCGCGGCUGAUCAGACCAGAGCUUGCUACCAUUGUCCUUCCUGAGGAAUACGACCCACUCUCUGCUCUCAAUCAAUUGGAAUCACUCUACUCAUUCACUUCCAAGUCAAGCUAUGAUGUACCUGUGACUCACAAAGUGGAAGAAACUCAAGUCCAUUGGCAGCAGCUUGUUGCUAGGGAUAUGGUAGCAAUAGGCUGCAUUGUCGCCGAGUUAUGCCUUGCCCCAAAACUAAGGUUCCGCCAAAUCGGGUCAGACUUGGAAUCAAGGUGGAGACAUUUGCAGAGGGUUGUGGGAGCAGAAUACCAGGAAUUACCAAGGCCACUCAGAGAGAUAGUGCAUACAUUGCUAAGAAUGGACACAACGUUGGGUGAAUGCCUACCUUGGGAGCAGUCUGCAUACUUUGAAAGUGGUCAAAAUGGCCUGCCACCACUAAGCCCCAGCCUUCUGCUUCAACAUCACUCAGGUCUCAUUUCAUUUCCUCAGUACUUCCAGUCCUUGCAUCAGUUUCUCUCUGAGCUUCAUCUACAGCGGUUCCAGGUGGAUGACCAGGAACUUCAUCAGACGGACCUCACUGACCAUCAGGCCAUGAACAUGGUCCAUCUAGCCAGACAAUGGUUACCCAAGUGCACCAAAGGCAUCACAGAGGAAGGAAGGGAUAUCCUGCUACCAUAUAUCAGGAGUCUCUUUGAGGAAGGCAGCACUGCUGUAUAUGCAGCAUUGUCCUUGUUCAGCAAGUACACUGCACACCUUGGCCCAAAGGCAGCAACGGAUGAGUUGCUUGCUCCAUUGGGUCAUCUCUUCGAUUCUGAUUUUACUUCACCAGACUACCUCCUGCUGUUCCAGCAUUCUUUUCUCUCUCAGGUCAUCAUGUCCUUAGGUCUCAAACCAUUCUUGAACACCUUGGUGAAUUAUGUCACAGAAGCAACAAAUGGGCUGAAGCAAUGCCCCAUGUUCAUGCAUGGUGCUAAUGAGCAAACUAGUUGCAUUGCCACAAUGGCCUCAGGGGCGAGUAAUACUGCGGAAGAGGCUGAGACAUUCCUUGAUGGAACAGAGGGCAUGUCUGUUGAUGAAGAACUGUUUGGAAUUGAGGAUGGUGAUGAAGUAGGCGAUGAAGUCAGUGAAGAGAGGACUAUCGAACAAGGAAUGAAUGAUAAGUUGCAGAUUGAGUUGGAGGAUGUUGACCAGGUUAAGGAGAAUCUGGAGGAUGAUGAUGUUCCGGUGUCUCAAAAUGGAGAUGAUGGAAGCUCUUUAAGUGAGCAGGCAUCUCCUUUGGACAGUGAAGGCAGUGAAACCAUGUCACUAGGGAAAGAGCCAGAUACCUCAUCCAUCAGCUCAGGGAAUUUACCUUCCUUAUCAGAAGAGCCUGGUGAAGGCUCGCCCACCAUCGAGAGAAUUCCUUCAAAGGAUGUGUCUUCACGCAAAUCUACCUCAUCACCAUCCCCCAGUACCCAUUCGCAAACCAAAGAACAGGACCUUCUCUUUACAAGUCAGACCAAAGCCACAGACCAGUACAGGAGGACCUACAAGAAGCAGUUGUCCUCUAAACUAUAUCAAGUCAACACCCUAAUUGGAAAGAGCCUAAGUGAUGUUGCGAGUGAGAGCAUCAUGUGGCUAGCUCACCGUAUAGGACCAACGUUGACAGUUCGCUUCAUUACUCCAAAGCUUUUAGAGUCUCUCUCAGGGUGCUACAUGACGCCAGAGCAACUGAUCUACUGCUACAUGCAUGAUGAUGUAGAUUCAAAUGAAAUAAAUACCUCCAGUGUCUGUAUUGGAAAGAAAUCAGUUGCCGGUGACAUCAAUUCCAAACCUGUUCUCAAGUGCCUCACAGAUAUUGCUGUCCUUUAUGGAGACCAGUUCAUCUUCCAGCAGUAUCUACCAUACAUCAAAGAAACAGUCCGCAGAGUUCAGAGGAAAGUCAGUGCCAAGCUGGAAGGCCGUCUUAUUUGUUCUGUAGUCCUUCUCAGACAUGUCCUGCCGUACCUUACAGACUCUAGCCUCAUGCAGAAAUUACAGUACCUCUUUGGGAAGUUCAUUCAUCCUCUCCUGGACAUCAUGUCCUGUACCAGCAUCAGCUUCCCCAGUGGCAGUGAAGCGAGGGCGGUUAUCUGCUUCAAGCUGGUUGACAUUCUCAAUGCCAUCGCUCUGCGUAUUGGUCGGGAGAUGACCAGAGACCACAUGAAGGAUAUUCUCAAGCGAUUCUUCCUCUGCUUCAAACUGGGUGCCUCAACUUUCAAGAACCUUGAUCGUCAGAGCAGUCUGGCCCUGAGCACAGACAGUGAGGAUAAGUACCUGGUGAUUGAUGUUGAUGAUGAGACCAAUCAAUUGGUCUAUGGAUCUCCAGUGGUCCCUCAUUCAAGAUUACAGUCCAAUGAUUCAACCUCAGACUUAAGCACUACUCCACAUAGUACAGGGUCGUUACCAAGACCAAGCAGCUUUGGUGCUCAGAUUGAUGAGUCUACAUCAUUAGAAGACAUGAGAGGCGUCUUGCAGGAGGUGUUCACACCAGAGCUAGCCCAUGCCGCUUACAUUCCACUCUGUCGACUCACAGGCAGUAUUUACAUGGAGAAUAUACUAGAAAACCACGAGCAGAUCUGGGCUUUGUCUAGUAAGCAUGAAAAGGCCAUGUCUACCCAACUUUCUCCGACUAUUCAAUCCCCUUUCUCUGACGACGGAAGUACAGCCAAUAGUCCUGUCUCAUAUUUGAGUGAGGAGAGAUCAUGGUCAUUGUCUGUACUGCCAGAUCAGACAGCAGGGAGCCUGGGCACCGGGAGGAGUGGGUUUGGAGGUCACAUGACUGUCAUUGGGAACAGGAUAGAGCCAGCCUUCGGGGGAGAGGAACCCAGCCCUGCAUUGAAUAGUAACAAUGGUCUCGAAGGAAAGAACGCACAGCAGGGUGAGGUGGACACAACCAUGAAUUCAGACACAAGUCCUAGGAUGGAGAUGAAUAAAAGCAAAAGAACUCUGAAGGGUACCUGGCUUAGCUACUGGGAGCAAUACUUGGCAAGAGAGGAUAAAGACAACUCAAUGCACUUCUGUCAAAUCAAACUCCAGACAUUCACAGGACAUACCAACGGUGUAAAAGCCCUGUGUAUGAUGCCCAAUGAGAAUACUUUCCUGAGUGCUAGCAAGGACAAAACUGUCAAGAUCUGGUCUCUACGUAACUCUGGUGACGGCUCCUCCAAAUCCAGCUGUCAGCUGACCUACCCUCAUCACCGGAAGACUGUGUUUGAUGUCAGGCUUCUUGAGUCUCAGCGUCUUGUGGCUUCCUGCGAUGGCAACGUCCAUGUGUGGGACCCCAUCAAUGGAGCAGCAGUUCGUGGUUAUGAUCUGAGUCGGAGUGCACCCAGCUGCAUGGAGGUGAUGCCUGCCCCUAGCCCUUGUCUAGUGGUGUCUUCUGGAGAUUCCAGUGUCCGAUUCAUUGAUACCAGGCAUGGCGGUAUCCAACAAGAGAUCAGGGUUGCCUCAGGGCCACUGGGUUUGAUACGUUGCAUGGCUGUCAGUCAAGACGGCUAUACCAUAGGUGUAGGAUUCUCAUCAGGAGUUCUUUCCAUGGUGGAUCUUAGGACUGGAUUACUGAUGGGAGGAUGGAGGGCUCAUGAAGGCGAGAUACUCCAGAUUAAGCGUUACAACAAUCAUACCUUUCUUACAUCCUCUGUUGAUCACACGAUGACUCUCUGGAAGGAGGAUUCAACCAAAGUUUGUCACUUUCGAGGUGCUGCUGAGCCUAUUCAUUGCAUCUGUAUCUCUGAUGAGCAAAUACUCUCUGCUACAUUUGGUAAUCGUAUCGGCAUCCACACAGCAGUUAAUUCCCAGGCCAGCUAUUCUUGCUCCAAGCUACGAUCGGAUUCAUUUAAAGGUGCUAUUGGUGCCAUUUCGGUUCUACCAUUGAAUAAACUCAUGUUGGUGGCUUCGGACAAUGGAAGUAUUUUCUUGUUAGCAUGAAGAGAAUUUUUUUUCCACUUAGUGUCCAGUGAAUUUAUUCUAGACCUUCUUUACAGAUUUGUCAGUGUAAUCAUUAAAGGGAUGGUCCGGGCUGAAAAUAUUUAUAUCUAAGUAAAUAGAGUAAAAUUCACAGAGCAAAAUUUUAAAGUUUAUCAAUAUUUUGUGAAAACAGUUAUAUGCACAACGUCAUGAAUGUUCAUUAGGUAGGCUGAUGAUGUCACAUCCCCACUUUCCUUUUUCUUAUGUCAUUACAUGAAGUCAUACAUAUUUCAUUUUUUCAUGUGUGAAUGUGUCUCCAUUAUGAUGAAAUAAGUUGCGGCAAUAAAUUACUAAUGCACCUCAUCAGUUGUCAAUCAAAUUGUAUAGUUCUUGGUAAUUUUUUUUUUAAUAAACCUAAUUUCAUAUAAAUACAAAAGAACAAGUGGGGAUAUGACACCAUCAGCCCACCUAAUGAAUAUUCAUAAAGACAUGCCUAGAAUUAUUUCACCAGAAUAAUGCAAAUCUUUAAAAUUCAAUAACUUAUAAAUAUUCCAGCCUGGACCAUCCCUUUAAUUAAUGUUUGAUCCUAAAUGAAAUACGCACACUUUAAAAGUAGGACCGAAUUUUAUAUUUUGUAAGCAGAGUUGUAGACUGGAGUUUGGCUAAUUUAUUAAAAACGCAUAUCAGUACAAUUAGCAAGCACACCUGAUUGGAAUUUUUAAACUGCACGUAUGCUUAUUAUGAUAAAUCUUACAAAAAAAGGUUCUGAAUGCAAAAUAUAGUACUAGAGAACUGUUGCCCCCCCAACGUGUUUGGCUCAUCCAUAUGCAUACCCUUACUUUUAAGUCUUGGGCUAUCAUGUAACCCAACCAUUCGAGAAAAGGCCCCCAAUGUUGCGUCCAUUAUACCGACCCUUUGUAUAUUUGGCUUGUUUAUAAUUUUCAUCAAACAUUGGGUAAAUUUAGGGGUCCUUUUUUCUUGAAUGGUCUUAUUCAUGAAUCAUUCAAAAAGCAUUUUGAUGUGAUGAAAUGCCACAGUAGUGCAAUAAUGCUUAACCUUUAACCAUCUUUAUCUCUUUUCCUUUUUUUUCAACAGUGAAGAAAAAUUGAUCACUGCAUGAAUGCAAAACAAAGACCUUUUAAUUGCAGUCAGAUAUUCUUUUACAUAACACUGAUUGAAAUCUGAGUCAAAUGAAAGAAUAAUCUCUCAUGUGGUUUUCAAGUGCAACUCGCAUUUUCGAGGAUUACCAUCCUUUGAGUUAAAGUCAAAUUAGUUUCAAAUGGUGCAAUUGCUUUGCUAUGACGUCAUUACGACUACUGGAAUUUUAUAAGGAGUUGAACAUGGGUAUUCAUUUAAUGAUUUAGACCACUCGUAAGGUGACCUUAAAAGUCUAGUUUCAGGCCCCAUUUGGAUGAAAUUUACUAUGAGACCAUGGAGGUAAAAGAAGAAAGGAGUAUCAUCUUACUUGUGCCACAGUAGACAGGUGAUUCAUUGGACUUCUUUUCUUUUUUUGCAGAUUGUAGACAAAGAUUCCUGCCUCACAAUGUCAGACUUUCUUGCCAGUCACCAAAUAACAAGGGGAAAUUCUUAUACAAUAUGUCUCGUAAUCAAAUAAGAUUGGAAAUAUUCCCAAUUACUUUUCGCAUGAAACUCGCAACAUCACCGGUCGCCACCAAAAUGUGCAGUAUACCUCUUUAUUCAUGAAGCUACCCAUUUCUAAUUUUCAGUUUUUACUUCAUUCUUUUUUACCUCCAUGAUUAGACCUAAAUCAUUUUUUUUUACAAAGGUCAAGUACACCCG